UGAUGCAGCCAGGCACCUGUAUUUACCCAUCCCGUCACAUGAUGUCGCUCUCUGCUCAAAUAUCUUUAAGGGGGACAAAGGCUCUUCAUGUGCUUUGUCAUCAGGAAUCAUUUGGUGCUUGAAACUGGAGGAAUGAAAAGGGUAUCAGCAGACUGAAUAUAGCUUUACAAAUUAUUUUCCAAAAUGCACCCCAAAGGGGAGGAAUUAGCUAAAACACUUCUGAGAUGAUUGUUGCAUGUGGAGACUCUGCAAUGGGGAGAAGACAGCUGCUGCAGCUGAUCCUACUCCACACAGCCUGGGAAAUGGGGAGCGGCCAGCUCCAUUAUUCUGUGCCGGAGGAAUCCCAGCAUGGCACCUUUGUGGGCCGCAUCACCCAGGAUCUGGGGCUGGAGGUGAGUGAGUUGGUGCCUCGGCUGUUUCGGAUGGAAUCCCAAGGUGAUGGGGACUAUUUUGAGGUAAAUGUUCAAAAUGGGGUUUUGUUUGUAAAUUCCCGCAUAGAUAGGGAGAAGCUGUGUGCCAAGAACCUUCUAUGCACCAUUCAUCUAGAGGUGAUUAUAGACAAACCUUUGAGGGUCUUCCAUGUAGAGGUGGAGAUCAAAGACAUAAAUGACAAUGCUCCUGUUUUCUCAGCAAGUAAACAGUCUCUCAGUGUUGCAGAAUCAAUACUGCCAGGUACACGUUUCCCUCUGAAUGGAGCAUCAGAUGCAGACAUUGGUUCCAAUGCUCAGCUCAAGUACAAGCUUAGUUCCACCGAAUACUUUGUUGUUGAAAGAAAAAUAAAUGACCAGCGCAGUGCAUCACUCAUGCUUGUUUUAAACAAACCCCUGGACAGAGAGAAAAUGCCAGUUCACCAUUUAUUGCUCACUGCUGUUGAUGAGGGUCAACCUGAACUCACAGGCACAGUCCAUCUUGAGGUUACUGUGAUGGAUGCGAAUGAUAAUGCACCUGUAUUUAAUCAAUCUGUUUAUAAGGUAAAAUUAUUAGAAAAUGUGAUGGAUGGAACACUGGUUAUUAAUCUCAAUGCAACAGACUUGGAUGAAGGAAUUAAUAAAGAAAUCUCUUACUCCUUCAGUAAUAAUGACCCUGUCAAUAUAUUUAGUAUACAGCCUGAUACAGGCGAGAUAAGGGUGAAAGGGAAAAUAGAUUUUGAAGAUAUCAAUGUUUAUAGUAUUGAAAUUGAGGCAAAAGAUAAAGGUAGUCCUCCUUUGUCUGGACACUGCACUAUUCUUGUUGAAAUUUUAGAUAUGAAUGACAAUGCACCUGAGAUGUCAUUGAAGCAGAUGCUGGUGCCAUUACCUGAGGACUCCUCACCAGGGGCAGUGGUAGCCCUGGUCAGCAUCUCAGACAGGGACUCUGGAUCCAAUGGACAGGUGAACUGCUCUCUAUGGCCCACAGGACUUCCAUUCAAGCUGGUGUCCACCUUCAAAAAUUACUACUCGUUGGUGUUGGCUGAGCCUGUGGAUCGAGAGCAGGUGGCUGAGUAUGCACUGGUAGUUGUGGCCCGGGACCAAGGGGAUCCAUCACUGUCAGCUAGCAGCAGCCUGGUGGUGCCCAUCAGUGAUGUGAAUGACAAUGCACCUGUUUUUCCUCAGCCAUCUUACACAGUCUUUGUGAAGGAGAAUAAUCCACCAGGUGCUCAUAUAUUUACAAUGUCUGCUUCAGAUUCAGAUGUGGCUGAGAAUGCCCUGGUCAGCUACUGGCUGGAUGAGAAACUCUGGCCGCUCUCGAGUUACAUCUCAGUGCACUCAGAAAGUGGGAAGCUGUAUGCCUUGCAGCCACUGGAUUAUGAAGAGUUGAAACUGCUGGAGUUCCAAGUGAGAGCCAAGGAUGCUGGGAUGCCCUCCUUAUGCAGCAAUGUGACAGUGCAGGUUUUUGUGAUGGAUGAGAAUGACAAUGCCCCAGCAGUGUCUGGAUUGCAAGAUGCCUCUCUCUCGUUGGUGGUUCCUGCCAUGGCUGGGCACUUAGUGGGCAAAAUCCAUGCCCUGGAUGCUGACUCAGGCUACAAUGCAUGGCUACGCUAUGAGCUUCAUGAGCUGACCAAUGGCCCCUGGCAAGUGGGGCCAUACAGUGGUGAGAUCAGCACUAGACGUGCUGUGGAUGAGGCAGAAGGCAGCAGUAGUCAGAUCCUGCUUGUGUUGAUCAAGGACCAUGGGAAGCCUCCACAGUCAGCUACUAUCACACUGAGCAUAUCACUUGUGAUGAACACCCAAGUAGUCCACGCUGAUAGUCGUCUUCCCAAGACAGGAAGUGGUUCAGGACUUCUGAAAGGGAAUGUUAAUAUCUACUUAAUCAUUGCUAUAUGCUCGGUGUCCAGUUUGUUCUUUCUCGUGAUCAUCUUGUACACAGCCCAGCAUUGCCAAGGCCAGACAGAAGAGGCAAUGGUGUAUGGUCCUGGCACAGCCACACUUGUCUGUACUAGUGAGAGAAUGGGGAGGUGGGGAAUAUGACAGAGCUGGUCCCAGAUUCAUCUGGACAGCCAAAACCACCCAAUCCUGACUGGCGUUAUUCUGCAUCCUUAAGAGCUGGCAUGCAAGG